GAGCAGGACGAAAGCUCCAGCAUCCUUUAGAAGACCCUUGUGAGGAAGUUGAGCCCCUCUGGGAGGAGGGCAGAGGUUGCCUGAGUAGGCAGAGGGGCCCUGGAGAGGAAAGCACUGGCUAGGGGAGGAAGUGGGUGAGGGAGAGAGCUUGACAUCAGCACCCAGUACGCAAAUGCUGUGGCCUCUGUUGCAGGGGUUUCUGGAGGACUUCUAGAGAAAGGAGGAAGAGCAGGAAAAUGUCUACAUGCCAGUGUCCCUGCAGGAGGUGGGCUGCCCACUGGGGACCCAGGAUGGGGGCAGGUCCAGGAGCUGCCCUCGACAGCCUUCAUUCUGCACAAAGGAAACUUGAGGCCCCCAGAGGGCAGGGGUUGGUCCCAUAGAGACUGGUGGACAAAAGUGGUAGCCUGAGGUCUCAGUGGCCCUGGAAACAGUUACACUCUCUGACCUGGGCUGAGGCUGGGUCCGCCUCCUGCUGGCCUGGCAUAUUAAGGGCUUCCCACCAGGAUGGGGACACACUGAAGGCUUGGGUAGGGCACCCAGUGUCCAGGGUGCCUGUGCUCAGAGUUAUCAUCAAAGCAACUUUUUAAAAAGGAAAGGUCCCAAAAGGCUCCCUGAAUCUGACUGGAUCUUUCAGUGGAGACCUGGGAAUCAGAACUUUUAUAAUCCUUCCCACGGUGGGGCCAAUAGGGAAGCAAGAAAUAAGUGACCCUCACUCUUCUCCUUUUACUCUGUUUGAAUUGUGUAUCCAAAUCAAGUGUUACUCUAGUAAUGCAAGAGACCCGUUCAUUGAAAAAACAGAACCUCCAAAUUCCCACAUCUGAUAGACCCCGGUCACAGGGCUGUCUGCCCAGUGCUUCCGGUGAACCAAACUGUCUGAGGACAGGAGCUGGGCAAGCCACUCAUGGUGGUCACCAAGCAAAACUGCUGGAGCUCCAGCUGGUAUGGCUGACACCAGGCCCCCCCCAGGGCGUUCUCGCCUACCCCUGGAGUAAGCCCAUCCAGGUCUUGGAACUGCCCAGGACCCCUCCCAAAAAUAAGUCCACAAGAAAUCAAACUCUUUCCUUUAUGCGACACUGGAUUUUCCACAAAGUAAAAUCAAGAUGAGUAAAGAUGUGGUUUCUAGAUAGUGCCCGACAAAGCGGAGACCAGAAUGUGAAGCGUCACCACUCGGGCCUAUAAAAGCUGCCUCAGGAGGCCAAGGCCACAAGCCUCAGCUUAGGCCAGCUUACGUGUCCGCUCCUGGCUCCUCCUGUGUUGGCUCUGAGCUCCAUGGCGCUCUGGUUGACAGCAGUCAUUGCUCUCGCUUGCCUUGGUGGCCUUGCCUCCCCAGCCCCUCUGCCAUCCUCGAUGGCCCUCAAGGAGCUCAUUAAGGAGCUGGUCAACAUCACCCAGAACCAGGCCCCCCUCUGCAAUGGCAGCAUGGUGUGGAGCGUCAACCUGACAGCUGACACGUACUGUAGAGCCCUGGAGUCCCUGAGCAACGUCUCCACCUGCAGUGCCAUCCAAAACACGCGGAAGAUGCUGACUAAACUCUGCCCUCACCAGCUCUCAGCCGGGGUUUCUAGCGAGCGCGCCCGAGACACCAAAAUUGAAGUGAUCGUGUUGGUAAAAGACCUGCUCAAAAAUUUAAGGAAAAUUUUUCACGGUGGAAAGCAUGUGGACGCCUGAAAAGCUGGCAUCAUCAUUUGCGGAGGCAGACCUUAACCAUUUAAGUUGAAGAUCCGUUUUUCUUUCGGAUGUCAGAAAUUUCCUGGGGAGAUGGGGAGGAGGGCUGGGGAGGUGGGGUGGGGGGGAGAUUUCCUUAGCUUGGACCUCAGCCUGUGCUGCCUGCCUUCUGCCUAGCCGACCCCAGCUGCCCCUUGCCUUGGUGCCUGGGGCUCACCCCACUGGGCCUCCUCCAUCCAGGGCUCGGAGCUUGGUGGACGAGGGUGGAGCAUUGCCCCACACGACCUCCCCCUCCUCAGAGCAAACUUUAGCAUUACAGUGGGCGCCACCCUUACCUGACACAUGGCAGGGGAGGGACCUGCUUUACACAGGGGCGACUGAGGCAGAAAGCAGUUCAGACACAUUUCUUCUUGGCCUUAUUUAUUAUUAUGUGUUAUUUAAACAAGUGUGUUUGUCUAUACUGGGGAUAAGGGGAAACUGUUGCAGCCAGAACCUGGAGCCCAGGGUGUGGAAACUUGGGGCUCCAGCACUAAAGCAGCGAGGGUGAAGAGUCCCUGGGAUCAAGUACUGUGUGCAAAAUUCUGCUACCUCACUGGGGUCCUGGGCCAGGGCAGUGGACAGGAGAGACGGCUGGAGGAGCCGCUCUUGUCUGCCAGCCAGCAGUCGGCCCUCAGCCAAGGAGUAAUUUAUUGUUUUUCCUUGUAUUUAAAGUUAAGUAUUAAAAUAUGUUAUCACAGAGUUAAUAUAUAAAAGAGCAGCCUAGAACACUGCAUAUGGUGUGUGUGGACUGGGGGACGGGGUCAUUGAAUAAGCUGUUUCACUGACUGUCAAACUGAAAACCAGAAAUAAAGAUGCUGAC